GAAGAGGAGGAGGCGGCCGUCGGAGGGAGGGAGGCAGGGAGGGCGGGUGUCCUGCUGCCGAUGCCGGUGCCUGGGGUCCCCCGGGGGCGUCUCCGUGGCCUUCCCGGUGUCCGCGGGCCCUGGCCCCCGGGCUGCCCUUAGAGCCAUGCGCCCGGGACGGCUGCGGGCGGCGCCACGCGGGAACCAUGCCGGGGGAAGAGGCCGGGCAGCAGCAGCAGCAGCAUCCGCAGCAUCAGCAGCCAGGGGCCGGGGAGCGUCCCACCCUCCACCCGGAUGGGGGGCCCCCUCGGGAGGAGCAACGCCCUCUCAAGCAAUCCCUCAGCAGCUCCCUCUGCCGUGAAUCCCACUGGAAAUGCCUGGUCCUUACCCUUCUGAUGUACGGCUGCUUCGGUGUCAUGGCUUGGUGCCGCCUCUCAACAGUAACCCGCCUGAAUUAUGACAGCUCCUACCAGGGUGCCUCCGUAGUGUACCAUGACAGCCCCUGCUCCAAUGGCUACAUCUACAUCCCUCUGGCCUUCCUGGGCAUGCUCUAUGUGGUCUACCUGGUGGAGUGCUGGCAUCGGUUUGCCAAGGGCCAGAUGCAGUACCGUGUGGACACAGCCAGUGUCUAUGAGAAAGUCCAGCGCAUGCAGCAGGCCACACCGUGCAUCUGGUGGAAGGCCAUCAGCUACCACUACAUCCGCCGCACUCGGCAGGUCACCCGUUAUCGCAAUGGGGAUGCAUACACCACCACCCAAGUCUACCACGAGCGGGUCAACACUCAUGUAGCUGAGACAGAAUUUGACUACUCAGGCCACGGGGUAAAGGAUGUCUCCAAGGAGCUGCUGGGCCUCUCCGAUUACCCAGUCACCAAGCUCCGCUUCACCAAGUGCUUCAGCUUUGCCACUGGGGAGGCAGAAGCAGCCUACCUAACCCAGCGGGCUCGGUUUUUUGGUGAAAAUGAGGGCUUGGACGACUAUAUGGAGGCCCGUGAGGGGAUGCAUCUCAAGAAUGUAGACUUCAAGGAGCACAUGUUGGUUUUUCCUGACCCAGGACGCCCGCCUUGGUACACUUGCCGCUGGGUCUUCUGGCUCGCUUCCUUCCUGCUGCUCUCCUGGCCACUCCGAGUGCUGGCUGAAUACCGCAUGGCCAAUGUCCAUUACCAUGUAGAGAAACUUUUUGGGGCAGAUGAUGGCCCCAGUCCUCUGGACACCUCGGCAGCUUACAGCCGGCGCAUCUCCCGUGUCAACACGGUGGACAUGACCGAACUGGAGUGGCACAUCCGGUCCAACCAACAGCUGGUGCCCAGCUACUCAGAGGCUGUCCUCAUGGACUCCACUGUGGUGGCUGGCACAGCCUACCUCCGUAGUUGCCAGCGCUGCCGCCGGACUGUCAGCAGCAAUUCCCUGCCUUCCCGAGGCACCCGGGCCCUCUAUGCCCGCCUCCCCUUCAGCUGCAGCCGCUUCUCACUGGGUGGCGCUCGCCGGUGUGGCGGAAUCCUCCGCAGCCUGAGUGGCAGCCAUGUUGGCAGCAGCACCGAGACGGAGCCUCUGGAAAGCCCCCCUUGCUACCAAGAUGCUUUGUACUUUCCAGUCCUGAUAGUGCAUGGAGGGGAGGGCUGUCAACGUAAUGGGCAAAGACCUGGCCCUACAGAGAGGGCAUCAGGAACCCCACUGUGAUCUGAGGGGAGAAUGGGUGGUUGAAACUGAGCCCCCAUGGGAGAAAAAGAAAAGGGAAACAGAGAAGUCCACCCCUUCUCCUCUGCUGACCCAUUUCCUUUGCCCUGGCCUAAAACUAGGCUCUAGGCCCUAUCUUUGGCUGACCUUCUACCUGUUCCCCACCCCAAUGAUUCUCUGAGAAAAAUGAAAAAUACCCCCCUUCUCUCCUUUUUUUCUGGAGUGGCGGUGUAGGUGACACCAAUGGUCAACCUUGGCUUGUUUCUCAUAAUUCAUUGCUUCAAAAAUGCUGUUAAAAAGAAUGUGAUAUGCUUUUUAGCAAAUAUUCAGAGAACCGACGAAGGAAAGUGGGGAAGGUACCUGGACUGGAGCUGAGCAAUUUGUGGGGCUAAGGCAUGCUCACCCCAGGAAAAGGAGGGUCAAGGAGAGUGUGGCAACUGACACGUUGCUUCCCGGUGGCUAAGAAUGCUGACACCAUUCUUGCUUCUAAGAAUUUUUUUUAACUUAGUGAUGCUCACCCAUCCACAAUCAUGAGGACUAGAAUCAUGCUUAGAAUGUCAAAUUCCGUGCCCACAUGUGCUAGAGCUUGUGCUUGUGUUGUGGAUGUGGCAGACCCAUUCCUUUGGUGGCCCGUAGAUGCUUUAGAGGUGUGGGAGGAGGGAGGGAAUUUCCCCCAAGACUUUGGAGGGAGAUGGGCUAUCAGAAUUUUUAAUGGGCUGAGUGUCUGUGCCUUUGUGAGAGGCAGAGGUCAAAAUGCACAACUUUAUUGCCAACCUCUCCCCAGAUUUCUCUCUAGCAUAAAGUAUAAGUUGGUUGCAGACUUCUGGCAGGUAAAGGUUAUUAAUAGUUAUUAGCUGUUAGGAUACUGGAAUGGAACUUCCAUAGCCAGGAGAGGUAUAUCAGAAAGUCAUGUGCUGAGAUGGUCUGUGGCAUGUAUAUCCUGGUAUUUGGUUGAACACUGCAGGAAACGGAAUGGUUGAUGUUGUUCUUUUCCAACAGGGUGACCCUCAGCCACCCAGAAGAUGGCUCAGAACUUGCAGUCAAGGCAGGUCGAGACUUCCUUGCUUUUGACUACAAAACCAGUCGAGGAAUACAUUUCAUAAGAGGAUCAGUGGACCAAGUGUUAUGAGGAAGGGGAGAUGCAAAAGAGUGGCAUCGGUAAUAAUUUGGAUGAGACCAAGUCUCAGGGCUGGUCUAUGCAUUAGACAGGGAGUGUGGUGGCUGCUUCAGAUGACAGAGCCAAAGAGAACGCCAGGUAGUCCCAUCCUUGCUUUUGCUAUUCUGGGCUGGCCUUCUGUCUCAUUAAUUGCCUUCUUUCAGUACAUCACAUAGAGUAACAUUUGGAGAAGACCCCUGAACAAGUAAGCAGGCCAAGAAGCAGAUAGGGAAGCCUCCAACUGGCAUCACUCUGAUCACAGGGUGCAUCCUGGCAUUGCUGCCAUGUGGCAAUGGAGCAGGUGGAGUGGAGAUCAAGCAGAGGUGAGGCAGUGGAAGGAGAAGAGAAGAACUCUGUGGCCCCUUAUAUGCUAAGCUCAAAUGUGGUGUACCCACGUUGCAGUCGGAUUGAUCUGCCACUUUGUUCAUUUGGCAUCUGUGGAAUGUAACUGAGUUGGUGCCACCUUGUCCUUAGGCAGGGAAAUAUCUUGGGCUGGCCCUGUUCCAGUCUUCAUGGAGUAGCGUUAGUUCAGGGCCCUGGUGGAAAAGGAAAGAGUGAUCAAGAUGAAAACAACCACAGCCCUGACAGUAUCAGGGCAAAAGUCUGAUCAUUGCCAGAGGCUGGUUUUACACUGGAGUGAGAUUGGUGUAGGAGGGUAAGCAAUUGGGGUCCUGAGACAAGUUCUCUGUUUAAUCUUAACAUAGUUGUUGGGACACCUACAUGUGUAAGAUGUCAUAAACCUUCUUUCUUUCCCUCAUAGAAACUGUCAGGGCAUUAACUGCAGUCCUCUGAGGAGAAAGUGGUGGCCAUAGCCCCAAAGUGAUCUAAAACCAACAUAAGGUUGUGGUAUAACUCUGUCACAGAAGAAUGUAUCCAUGUUCCUGCUCCUUCAGUGUCCUGGUGUCAGGCCAUUGCUUCCUCUGUCCUUCUAAAAUCUAUACUGGAUCAGAUGUCUUAAGCGGAGCAGAGUAUCUUCUGCUCUAUACCUAUGGAGAGGUGGAUCUUUUUUCCUCCAGAUUGUGUCUGGACUGUGCCGUUUGUAAUAUUAUUCCUCCCACCUUGUGGAAGAAACAUGGAUGUGAACAGAUGGGCUAAUGGGGUCCUUCCGUUCUCGGCCCCUCCAUCCCAUUCUGGUUGGGGUUUCAAGAUGUGUGACAGGUCAGUGUUCCAACAUCCCCAUGUUGUUUGACUUACAUGUGAUUUGGAUCAAGACCUCGGUUUCUUUUCUGCUUCCUGAGGAAGGGGAACAAAAGAUAGAAAACACUUCUUCCUUUUCUCAGGCACAAUAUAGAAGAAACCCAGUUGUACAAACAAAAAUGUGGUGGACAGAAGGAAAAUAAUCAAAUAAAGGGAUGGGUUUGGUGACACUGGGAUCAGACCCAUAGAUGUUGAAACAAAAUAAAACUGAGCCCCGUGCUUUGGGGGCAAUAAAGAUCUUUCAAAGUGCA